AUGGCUAGAAAAAAAGUCACCCUCGCCUACAUCACCAACGACGCCACGCGCCGCGCCACCCUCAAGAAGCGCCGCCGCGGCCUUCUCAAAAAGGUCAACGAACUCUCCAUCCUCUGCGGCGUCUCCGCCUGCGCCGUCGUCUAUUCCCCGCAAUCCGAUCAGCCCGAAGUCUUCCCUUCCUCGGAAGAAGCGAAGCGAAUCCUCACGGAGUUGGCCGACUUGCCGGAGAUAGAUAAGAACAAGAAAAUGGUGAACCAACGAACGUUUCUGGAGCAGCGGCUGAUGAAACUGAGCCAGCAGGCGCGUCGUCUGGAGCACGAGAACAAGGAGCUGAGCACGGCGGUUUGUCUCCGACAAUGUCUGGCGGGGCGGUCGGUGGAGAGUUUGAGCAAGGAGGAGGCGGAGGAUUUGCUGGAUUUGGUGGACAGAAAGGCGAAGGCUUUGCAGGUGAGGAUGCAUCAGUUGGGGCCGUUGAUGUUGCCGCCGGUGGUGGAUGAUGUGGAUGUGAGGGAGAUGGUUAGUUAUGAUGGGGCGGCGAUCGAGGCGAUGAGGCAGUAUGAGUGGAUUCAGGGGGGAGGUGGAGGGGUGCUGCUAGCUAACCGAUUCAUCUGA